AUGUGUUCACUUUCGUUUCUUUUUUUCCUUCUUUCUUUCUUUCUUUCUUUCUUUCUUUCUUUCUUUCUUUCUUUCUUUUUUUUCAGCAUACCCACGUUCUUUUUUCUUUCAUUCAGCAUACCGACAAUAUUUUCUUUCUUUCUUUCUUUCUUUCUUUCUUUCUUUCUUUCAACAUGCGUACUAUGUGGUCACUUCUUUCUUUCUUUCUUUCUUUCUUUCUUUCUUUCUUUCUUUCUUUCUUUCAACAUGCGUACUAUCAUACCGACAAUAUUUUCUUUCUUUCUUUCUUCCUUUCUUUCUUUCUUUCUUUCUUUCUUUCUUUCUUUCUUUCUUUCUUUCAACAUGCGUACUAUGUGGUCACUUCUUUCUUUCUUUCUUUCUUUCUUUCUUUCUUUCAACUUGCGUACUAUGUGGUCACUUCUUUCUUUCUUUCUUUCUUUCUUUCUUUCUUUCUUUCUUUCUUUCUUUAGCAUACCUACGUUCUUUUUCUUUCAUACAACAUACCGACAAUAUUUUCUUUCUUUCUCUCUUUCUUUCUUUCUUUCUUUCUUUCUUUCAACAUGCGUACUAUGUAGUCACUUCUUUCUUUUUUUUCUUUUCUUUCUUUCUUUCUUUCUUUCUUUCUUUCAGCAUACCUACGUUCUUUUUUCUUUCAUUCAGCAUACCGACAAUAUUUUUCUUUCUUUCUUUCUUCCUUUCUUUCUUUCUUUCUUUCUUUCUUUAUUUCUUUCUUUUCUUUCUUUCUUUCUUUUCUUUGCUUACUAUGUUUCAGCUUUCUUUCUUUCUUUCUUUUUUCUUUCAUACCGACAAUAUUUUCUUAUUUUCUUUCUUUCUUUUUCUUUCUUUCUUUUCUUUCAACAUGCGUACUAUGUAGUCACUUCUUUCUUUCUUUCUUUCUUUCUUUCUUUCUUUCUUUCUUUCUUUCAACAUGCGUACUAUGUAUUUUCUUAUUUUUCUUUCUUUCUUUCUUUCUUUCUUUUUUUUCAACAUGCGUACUAUGUGGUCACUUCUUUCUUUCUUUCUUUCUUUUUCUUUUCUUUCUUUCUUUCUUUCUUUCUUUUCUUUCUUUCAACACCGACAAUAUUUUCUUAUUUUCUUUCUUUCUUUUUCUUUCUUUUUUUCUUUCUUUCUUUCUUUCAACAUGCGUACUAUGUAGUCUCUUCUUUCUUUCUUUCUUUCUUUCUUUCUUUCUUUCUUUCUUUCUUUCUUUCUUUCAACAUGCGUACUAUGUGGUCACUUCUUUCUUUCUUUCUUUCUUUCUUUCUUUCUUUCUUUCUUUCUUUCUUUCUUUCUUUCAGCAUACCUACGUUCUUUUUUCUUUCAUUCAGCAUACCGACAAUAUUUUCUUUCUUUCUUUCUUUCUUUCUUUCUUUCUUUCUUUCUUUCUUUCUUUCUUUCUUUCAACAUGCCAUACCGACAAUAUUUUUUUUCUUUCUUUCUUUCUUUCUUUCUUUCUUUCUUUCUUUCUUUCUUUCUUUCUUUCUUUCUUUCUUUCAACAUGCGUACUAUGUAGUCACUUCUUUCUUUCUUUCUUUCUUUCUUUCAUACCGACAAUAUUUUCUUAUUUUCUUUCUUUCUUUCUUUCUAUCUUUCUUUCUUUCUUUCUUUCUUUCUUUCUUUCUUUCUUUCUUGCGUAACAUGCGUACUCUUUCUUUCUUUUCUUUUCUUUCUUUUCUUUCUUUCUUUCAACAUGCGUACUAUGUGGUCACUUCUUUCUUUCUUCCUUUCUUUCUUUCUUUCUUUCUUUCUUUCUUUCUUUUAUGUCUUUCUUUCUUUCUUUCAACAUGCGUACUAUGUGGUCACUUCUUUCUUUCUUUCUUUCUUUCUUUCUUUCUUUCUUUCUUUCUUUCUUUCAUACCGACAAUAUUUUCUUAUUUUCUUUCUUUUUUCUUUCUUUCUUUUCUUUUUUUCAACUUUGCGUACUAUGUAGUCGUACUAUUCUUUCUUUCUUUCUUUCUUUCUUUCUUUUCUUUUCUUUCUUUUUUCUUUCUUUCAACAUGCGUACUAUGUGGUCACUUUUUUUUUCUUUCUUUCUUUCUUUCUUUCUUUCUUUCUUUCUUUCUUUCUUUCUUAUAUUAUUCCACUCGAUGUAACUCUAAUUACUUCAUCGACAUUUUUGUUUUUAAAUUCAUAAAAAAAAACACUACCGUCGCUGCUACCGUUGCGUUUUCCCCACCUCCUUUCUUCUUUCAUUUAAUAUCUCCUGCUGCCCCAGCGAUUCUCUUCCCUAAGGCCAUUCCUUUUCCUUGCACCCACAUGAAACCCCACCCAAAAUUUCACUUGACCUUACUGACUCUUUCGUUUUGUUCCUUAUCUAUCUAUCUAUCUAUCUAUCUGUCACAGUCUGUUCAUAUCUAUCUAUCUAUCUAUCUAUCACAGUCUGUUCAUAUCUAUCUAUCUAUCUAUCUAUCUAUCUAUCUAUCUAUCUAUCUAUCUAUCUAUCUAUCACAGUCUGUUCAUAUCUAUCUAUCUAUCUAUCUAUCUAUCUAUCUAUCUAUCACUGUUCAUCUCUCUCUCUCUCUCUCUCUCUCUCUCUCUCUAUCUAUCUAUCUAAAUUUUAAUUUUUGCUUUUCUCUUUCCAUGCCUCUCAUUCUCUCUCUCUCUCUGUCACUUGUUCUUGCCGUUUCUUCUUCUUCUUCUUCUUCUUCUUCUUCUUCUUCUUCUUCUUCUUCUUCUUCUUCUUCUUCCGUUUUUUCUUUUUUGUUCUUCCUUCUUCAUUUUUUUCUUUUUCUUUUUCAUUUCUUUUCUCUGCUUCGUUUUUUAUUUUGCUCCCUGCUUUUUCUUCCGUGUUUAUUUCCUUUUUUUACUUUUUUAUUUUGUUUUCACUUCCGCCAUUUUAAAUUUUACAUCUCUGCUUUUUUUGACACUUUCUUCUUCAUUCUUUCUUUUGUCUCUUUUUUUCAUGUUUUCUUUCCUUUAUUUUCAUUUUCUUCUUCUUUUUCUCUCUCUUCUUCAAUUUCUUUCUUCUUAAUUUCUUCAUUAAUCUCUUUCUUCUUCAUUUUUUUAUUUGUUUUUUUUUCUUUUACCGCUUUCUCUUUAAUUUCUUUAUUUCUUUCUUUCGUCUCCAUUUCUUCUUUUACAUCUUUCUUCUUUAUUUUUCAAUUUUCACCUUUUUCAUUUCUUCUUUUAUCGCUUUCUUCUUAA